AGCGAUGCAGGCGGCCCUGGAGAUCACGGCGCGGUACUGCCGCAACGAGAUGGAGCAGUACGGGCGCUGCGUGGCCGCCAGCCCGACUUCGUGGCAGACGGAUUGUCACAGCCUCCGCCUCAGCAUGUCCCGCUGCGCCGCCACGCACCCCAUCGUGCAGCGGAUCCGGGAGGACUGCGCUGAGCCCUUCGUGGCCUUCGAGCAGUGCCUGAAGGAGAACCAGGAGUCGGUGCUGAACUGCAGUGAGCACGUCAACGCCUUCCUGCGCUGCGCCGAGAGGGUGAAGCUGCCGGCGUGAGGGGACCCCCCGGAAUUAAAACUCAUGGUCAGAAGCAAAAGAAAACUCUUGAUACUCUGCAUUCUCAUCACAGUGCUUGGUUGGGUCGCUGCUCCCCGUCUGAAAAACCCGUGGGUCACUUGGGUAGGAAGCGAAAGCCACCUUUUAUUUCUGCAGCUUGUACUGAGGAAUUCCUUUUGUCUCUGAGGACAGCGUUUUCCCUUUGUCCCAAUAAAAAGUAACCAGCCAACACGCUGCUGAAGACUGAAA